UGGAUCCAUAUCAUUCUUCACGCACCAAUGGCGCCUCUUCGUCUGUCGAUGAGCUCGCCUCUUUUCUUCCUCUUCUUUUCGUUCUCGUUGUUCGGCGGCUCGGCGCCGACCGAUCUCGCUUCCGACCGUGCUGCUCUCCUCGCCUUCCGUGCCGCCGUCAGAGGUGCCACUCUCCGUUGGAACACUUCCGACCCCUCGCCGUGUUCCUGGGACGGGGUCACCUGUUCCGAUAGCCGCGUCACCGAGCUACGCCUCCCCGGCGCUGACCUCGUCGGUCGAAUCCCGCCCGGCACAGUCGGUAAUCUCACCGCUCUCACAGCCCUCAGCCUCCGUUACAACCUUCUCUUCGGAACUCUCCCGCAGGACUUCACCGCCCUCGCCGGACUCCAGUUGCUUCAUGUCCAGAACAACCGCUUCUCUGGCGAGAUCCCUCCUUCCAUCUUCGCUCUUCGUCAGCUCGUCCGCCUUAACCUAGAGGGUAAUUUAUUCCAUGGUUUAAUACCGCAGGAUUUCAACAAUCUCAUCAGUAUAUAUGCGCUGCUGCUUGACCGCAACCGGCUGUCUGGCGAAAUCCCUGAUCUCCGGCUCACUAAUCUCUUCAAGUUCAAUGUGUCAUUUAACUAUCUCAAGGGGCAAAUCCCGUCGAGCCUCCGCAGAAUGCCGGCUAGCUCCUUCGUCGGUAACUCCCUUUGCGGAGGACCGCUUGCCGCCUGCCCUAGCGAGAACUCCAUGCCGGCGGCGUUGUCACCGUUGGGUUCUACCCGAAAUUCCAUAAGACCCAUAGAGAGAAAGAAUCUCUCCCCAGGUGAAAUCGCUGGGAUCGCGAUUGGAGCGUCCGUAGGCUUCUUGAUCCUCCUGCUCCUCAUGGUCCUCUGGUUCCGGGUCCGUGAAGAGGGCGAGGGAAAGUCAAAGGAGCUACGGAAAUUGAAACCAGAGGCGGAGAUGGGGCAGAGGGGUAAGCGAGACGCGCAAAACAAGAAGGCGGAGCUGCCGUCCGUGGCUGUCGUGCCCUUUCCAGUGUCGAUUGGGGUGGAUGGGGUAGGCCAGAAGCUGGUCUUCACCGGGAAGGUCCAAAGAAUCUACGACUUGGAGGACUUGCUUCGGGCGACGGCGGAGGUACUUGGGAAGGGAACGACUGGCACGACGUACAAGGCGAUGCUGGAGAUGGGGACGGCGGUGGCGGUGAAGCGUCUCAGGGACGUCAAUCUCCCAGAAAAGGAGUUCAGCGAGAGAAUGGAUGCCAUCGGCGCCAUGGACCACCCCAACUUGGUCGCCCUCCAGGCCUACUACUACAGCAAAGACGAGAAGCUCUUGGUCUACGAAGUCGUACCCAACGGAAGCCUCUCCGGCCUCCUCCACGGAAACAAAGCAUCUGGUCGCACUCCGUUGGAUUGGGAGACACGCUCAGAGAUUGUGCUGGGCGAAGCCCGCGGCGUCGAGUUCAUCCAUAUGAAAGGCUCUGACUCCGCCCACGGCAACAUCAAGUCUUCCAACAUCGUCCUCUCCAAAACAUGCGACGCUUGCGUCUCCGACUGCGGCCUGAGCAGCCUAGGCUCCAUUUCAAUGCCCUCCCCUCGCGCCGCCGGCUACCGUGCGCCGGAGGUCACCGACGGGCGCAGGGUCUCGCAGAAGGCUGACGUCUACAGUUUCGGCGUGCUCCUAAUGGAGAUGCUCACGGCCAAAUCUCCGACGCAGACGCCUCACGGCGACGACGGCGUCGACCUCCUGUGGUGGGUACGAUCUGUCCCCGCGGUGGACUGGAGCUCAGAGGUGUUCGACGUCGAACUGUCGAACCGUCAGGACGCCGAGCCGAUGGUGCAGCUGAUGCUGCUGGCGGUUGACUGCGGCGCACAGGAUCCCAACUCCCGCCCGUCGAUGUCGGAGGUCGUAGCCCGGAUCGAACAGAUCUGCAUGAACUCUGGAAUAAUGAGAGACCACGUAUCAACGUGA